AUGGACAUCCCCGAGAUCGAAGAUGCCGGUGUGAAGCCUCCCAAGCGAGUCUGGUAUCGGACAUCCCUAUUCAAUGCCAGUGUCAUCGGCGCCGUCGGUUUCCUCGCACCGGGCUUGUGGAAUGCCAUGAACUCGCUCGGCGCAGGUGGUGCGGAGAAACCGUACCUGAUCAAUGCCGCGAAUGCCCUCGUCUUCGGCCUGAUGGGCUUCUUCUGCAUCUUCGGCGCACCGCUGGCGAACCGCAUCGGCUUGAAAUGGACACUGCUUCUCGGUGCGGCGGGUUACCCGGUGUACUCCGCUGGCCUGUACACGAACAAACGGUACGGCAACGUGUGGUUUGUCCUUCUUGGCUCCGUGGCCUGUGGGAUCUCCGCAGGCUUAUUCUGGGCGAGCGAGGGUGCCAUUGCCAUCGGAUACCCGGAGCCCUCGAAGAGAGCUACGUAUCUUAAUAUCUGGGUCUGGUGGAGGACUCUGGGGCCAAUUAUCGGGAACUCGAUCGUUCUGGGCCUUAAUAUCCACCGUGAGGGAAAGGGGAGUGUGGGAUAUUCAACAUAUAUUGUUUUCAUCGUGCUGCAAUGUCUGGCUGUUCCUGUCGCUUUUCUCCUAACGCAUCCGUCCAAGGUGCAACGCGGAGACGGAUCGCCUGUUAUUGUGCAUGUCGAGGACUCGUGGGCAAAAGAGUUCAAGGCUCUCUGGCGAACAUGUAAAGACCGCACGGUCAUCCUGCUGCUCCCGAUCUUCUGGGCGGUCUAUUUCAACCAAUACUCCAGCAAUUUCAAGACGUACUAUUUCAGCGUGCGCGCUCGAUGCUUGAUCGCUUUCCUAUCGGACUGGGUAACUAUUCUUGCAUCGCAGACCAUCUCGCACUGGCUUGAUUGGAAACGCGUCGACCCUAAGAAGCGCCUCACGUACGGAUGGUACUAUGUCAUCCUCAUCCAUGUGGCGGCUUGGGUCUACGCCUGGGUCGUCCAAGAGCAGUACACGGCGAGUCCGAAUCCCCCCAUGUUCGAUUACACAACACCAGGCUUCGUGAAGGGCAUAUUCGUGAUAUUCCUGUGGGGAUUCGCACAGCAAGCCGCACAGAACUGGCUCUACUACUUCGUUGGCACGAUCACGAAUGACAUCGCCGAGCUCACCAGGUUAACUGGUAUUCUUCGCGGGCAGGAAAGUUUCGGCGAAGCUGUUUCUUAUGGUCUGAAUACGAAGGAUUGGUAUGGUGGCCGUGUACCUUUGGCCGUGAACACUAUCUUGCUGGGUCAGUUUCAUUCAAUAGGGAAUACUUACAGGAAUCAUCGUACUGACAUCUUGCUAGGGCUGUGUGUCGCCCCGACUUGGAUUGCCGUCCACUCUCAUGUUGUCCAGGAGACGAAGGAGAGGGAUGAUAGUGAAAUUGCGAAGACAGAUUCUGAUUCUGAUGCUGGAGAGGUUAUUGUCGGGCCUUCGAAGGGGUCGUUCAUUGCGGGAAGCUCUUAUGAAGUUGAAAAAUAG